CCUGGCACCAAAUCAAGUAAUUUUGAAGUGUCUAGACAAUCAUAAAUUGAUUGUGUUGUGAGCAUGAAUCUCAGUCUGUCCGACCAGAGCAUGCAUACCUCCAAUGAUGGCUACCUGGAGGAAGAAAAAGCCGAGCUGUUGCACCCUUGUUUCAGAAGAAACGUGUACGAUGACUCCCUGACCUCCUACUCCAACGGGUCCAUCAUCUCCCAGCUGCUGAGGAAGACCAUCCAGAACAAGCGGGUCCUGGAGGACAGUCUGUUCUACAUGCCGGCGGCUGCCAUGUCCAGCUCUACCAUGGCCGACCCCAGUCAGGAGGACCGGAGCAGCAGCUCCUCCAAAGAGAGUGGGGCGGAGCCAGCGUCCCCGGGCAGCCACACCUCCACGGCAGCCAGCCCCCAGGCUGAGCGGCCCCUGAACGAGCACCACCAGGCCAAGCGCGCCCGGGUGGAGAACAUCAUCCGGGGCAUGGCAGGAUCACCGAACGCGCGGGUCCCGGGAGACGGGGAGCGGAGCGAGGCUGACGGCAGGGACGCGAGGGACACCUACAGGGAGAACAAAAGGAAGCAGAGGCUGCCUCAGCAUCAGGACCACAGCCUGAGCGGGGGCGGCCCCUGUGCCGGCAGAGGCGGGGGGUGCAGCAAGGAUGAGGAGUGCCACAGGCUGAAGGAGCAGCUGCAGACCAUGCAGAAGCUCCUCCGGCAGCUCCAGGAGAAGUUCUUCCAGGUCUACAACCUGAGCGACUCCGAACAGGAAGACCGGGAGGAGGCGGGUCCCGCCAACUCCAUGGAACAUGACGACAUCGCACGGAGCAAAGAACCCUUUGAAGGGUCUGACUGCGAGCUCCACCGGGACCUCGAUAAUGACUUUGAGAAGAGGUUGGACAGCGUUAAAGUGGGCCGAAAAGACACAGCAAAGAUGGACAACAGCCACCUCUCGUUCCACAAGGAGGGCAAGAAUCUUCCAGAGACUCUGAAAUAUGAGCUGUCCAGGGCUGUGAGUGAGAGUGUGGACUUAGUCUUUAAAAAAUUUUCUUCCACUGUACUGAAUCAGUCAUCCCAGCUGCAUGUGGGGCAAACCCCAGCGUAUGUUAAUACAGGAGCUGAGAAGAAGACCCAGAUGCCCAGCACCCAAGAGUUGUCACACACUGAAGAUGAGGUAAAAUCUCGGCCUCUGGAAUACUACGAGAGCAGCGAGGCGCAAAUGCCCGAGGAUCAAACGGAGGCGCUCUCACUUGUCGUUCGCAAGCCACCCCUGAGCCACCCUAGUUCCGUCAACCAGACGGUGAAGAGGCCCUACCCCUUACACCAGGCCCCCUUCCAGUUCGGCUACGGCGCUCCUCUACACGAGAACCAGAUCCUGGAGCACCUCCUCAAGUACGGCCCCCAUGGGAAUUUCGGAAGCCUCCCGUGCCUGCCCCCAGCCGUAGACAGGUCCUCCCCGGAUUCAGUGGACCUGCCAUGGGACGCCAUCACCGGCAGGCCAAAGGUGAGCUCCGGUCAGAUAGCCCACCACGCCCGGCCGACAGCCCUGGGGCAGGUGACCAUGGACGGCCUGUGUCUCCCUCACGUCAAGAUGGAGUGUGGAGACCUGCAGAGCCUGGCUGAGAGGAACCCUUAUAUGUCCCUCAAUAUUCAGGAAGGUCUGACACCGAACCAUUUGAAGAAGGCAAAGCUGAUGUUCUUCUAUACUCGCUACCCGAGCUCCAACGUGCUGAAAACCUUCUUUCCUGAUGUCAAGUUCAAUCGCUGCAUCACCUCCCAGUUGAUCAAGUGGUUCAGCAACUUCCGCGAGUUCUACUACAUCCAGAUGGAGAAGUUCGCCCGGCAGGCCAUUGUGGACGGAGUCAACAACGCAAAAGACAUGUCAGUCACCAGGGACUCAGAGCUGUUCCGUGCCCUCAACAUGCACUACAACAAAGCCAAUGACUUCCAGGUUCCUGACAGGUUCCUUGAGGUUGCCGAAAUUACGCUUCAAGAGUUUUUCACCGCCAUUUCCUUGGCCAAAGAUACAGACCCUUCCUGGAAGAAGGCAAUCUACAAGGUCAUCUGUAAACUGGACAGUGAUGUCCCUGAAGAGUUCAAAUCAUCUGUCUGCUUGUAGAAACAUCUCAACAUUUUGUGUACUUACUCAUGUACUCCAAACAUUACACAUCUUGCAGUGGAUAUGCAGUGUAUUUU